AUGUGGGUGUUUGGAUCGUGUGCAAAGCUUGCAGUAAGGUUAGAAUAUCGAUUGGGUACAAAAAACUAUGAAAUAUAUCCAGGUGGAAAGAUGACUAGGAAAGUUCAUCUUGAAUGCGAGGUUUCACAUGAUUCAUAUACAAUGUUACAAGGUGGAGAAGUGAUGUGUAAUGGCUGUGUCACACCAGAUGUGAUUUUGAUCUCAGUUUCUGAAGAAACUUUAGUUAACUCGACCAACAACGCAUCACCUGUUGCUACAGUUCCAACAUUGGUUGUAAAUGAUCAAUUAACCGAUCAAGAGAAUGUGUUGAACACAAAUAAUGAAGAAUUAGCCCCUAAAACGCUGUCUAACGAAUACAAUGGUAAUAAUGUGUAUACUGAAAUAACACCUCAGGUUCAAGCUCCUAAUAGAAAGCCCAAAAGUGGGGCCGGUAGAAAGAAUAAGCAAUACCGUCCCCGGAUGACAAAACAAGAACUGAAAGAACUUUCGAAUAGGUUCAAUGUGAAAGUCAAACCUUUAUUUGAGAAAAGGUUAACUUCUAGUGACGUUGGGACUGGGCGUCUCGUUAUCCCAAAGCAAUGUGCAGAGGACUAUUUUCCUUCAAUUAAUGAUUCCAAAGGGAAGUGCCUGGUAAUCCUAGAUGCAGACAGAAAAGACUGGAAAUUUAACUUCAAAUUCUGGCCUAAUACGAAGACUAGGAUUUACUUUCUGGAAGGAUUCAAUGAGUUUGAGAAAUCAGUGAAACUACGUCAAGGUGAUAAAGUGACAUUUAGUAGGCUGGUGUGUGAAGGAACGCUAGUAAUUGGAUACCGAAAGAGGCCAUCAACAACCUUAUCCAGCCGGGUAGAUCCAUUCCAUAAGGCUACAACUGCUUCGACAUCUACCAAGAGAGCCAGAAAGGAGAACCCAAAUGAAUUAGACAGACUCCGUUUGAAUACUCAAAAAGUCAAAGUUUUCAUUCAUUCUCAGAGGGAGAGUACUUACGAAAUUGGGUCAAGCAGCAAAACUACCAAAAAAGUGAAUAAGAGAUCUAAAGUUAAAGAUGCCCGAGAACUAGUAGCUUCUCCUGAAGUGGUGGAAACUCGAAGGACACUGAUUGAGAAUGUGGAUACAUUAGCUAUUCAUUCCAAGAGGAAGAGCACUUAUGAAAUUGGCUCAAGGAGCAAAAGUACUAAAAACGUGAAUAAGAGAUCUAAAAGUAAAAAUGCUCAAGAACUGAUAGCUUUACCUGAAGCAGCUGAAACCCAAGUUACACCAAUUGAGAAUGUGGUAACAUUACCAUCCCAACCAAAUGUGAACAAGAAACAUCCACGUCAUCGACUUGAUUGCCUUUGCAUUGUAUGCAUUCAGCCUGCAAGCGGAUGCAAACACCAUGUAUCGUGUGAAUGUAGAGCUUGUGUGACCCUCCGUUCUCGUGGUAAAAAGCAUUCCCAAAAUCCACCCCAAAGAGUGGCAAGUCGUCGUCCACGAAAACGUCUGCCUAAGCCAACCCUGCAGAUAGAGAGCUCAAACGCAGGCCCUCCAAUGAUGCCAAAUUUAGCUGAUCAACCAGGAAGUUCAAAUCAUACUCAUCAAACAACAGUGAUCAGCCGCGUCCCAAAAGACGACGAAAACACAAACUUGUCAAGCAUGCAUUCAAAGAUUCUAUCCUUUGAUUUGAAUUUCCCACCUGCAGAUUUCGAAUAGAAAAUUAUGCGU